UCCUCCCCAAUCAUGUGACCAUAGCCAAUACAGUCAGACGCACCGAAAACUUGUGACCAAAGCAGGCAGGCAGCAGGAGAAAUUCGGCGUACCUCGACGUAAAACUGGGCCUUUAGUCGUUGGGCAUCCGUGAGACAACAUGGACUGUGGGGUCGCCAAGUUCUGCCUCUUGUUUAUCAGCUUGAUAUUUUGGGCUGCAGGAGCAGGACUGGCUUAUGUCGGUCACUACAUGAUCAAAUCCUUUGGCAGCUUUGACGUUUUGUUGCAGAACAAAUCUACUCUAAUCCCAGCAGCCAUCAUCAUUGGCAUCAGCGUGGUGAUGUUCAUUGUCGGGAUUGUGGGAUGCUGCUCAACCAUCAACGAGUCCAAACUUGGCCUUGGAUUUUUCUUUAUGAUCAUCUUCCUGAUCUUUGCCGCUGAAGUGACUGCUUUGGUGUUUAGCUUCAUCUACCGCAGCAAGAUCAGUGGAGGACUGGAGCCCUCCUUGAAAGAGGCCCUUUCCAAGUAUGAUGGGAUGAACCCUGAGAGUGUUGGAGUGGACAGCAUGCAGGAAUUGUUUAAGUGCUGUGGUGUCAAGAAUUACACCGACUGGUUCAGCACCACCUAUUAUUCAAAAAACAAAACAGUGCCUCAUUCCUGCUGUAAAAACAUCACAUCACGAGAGUGCACUGCCGAAAUGAUUCAACCAGGCGCGCUCAACACUGAGGGUUGUGAGGCCAAGCUGGAGAAGUUCUUGCAGGAUGUGCUGACUUAUGCCAUGGUGGUGGUGGUUGCUUUUGCUAUCAUCAAGUUCUUUGGGAUGGUGAGCGUCUGUGCAAUAACCUGUCGAAGCCACAGGAGUGGCUACGAGCCCAUCUACGCUUGAAACAGUUCCUGCAACCACCCACUGUACCACCUCCUCAUUUUGAUCCACUGGGGAUUCUGACUGCUUGCUCUAUAUUGCACAGAUGCAUCUGUCAAUUGCAUAAUUCUAAGUUUUAUUUAAGUGAUUACAUGCCGAUCAUUUUCUAAGUCUUAAUGGGGUCAUGCUGUAACAUUCCUGCAUGGAGGAAAUCUUGGUGAAUCUUUUUUUGUUUAAUGUGAACACAACUCUUCAUUCUUAGUUAUUUUAAUUUUCCAGCUUUAGUUUGGAAUUUUUGUUGUUGUUUUUGUUGUUGUUUGUUUUUUGGAUUUGUUUUACAGUUUCUUUAGGGUCUCAGCCCAACAUGGGUGUUUCUUUGGGAUAACACAUCAUUUUCAGAGCAGUUUAAAUAAUCAGAAAUGUUGUGCGCAGCAUGAUUGUGCUUGCUGAAAGCCUCAUUCCUCUGAUGCAGCUUUCCUCUUCCGGCGCAGCCCGUCAUCAUAGCUGCCGUUACAUCAGAGAGAAAAUAUCACACACAAGAGUUCAAAUUUGAACAUUUAGUUGCUACUUGUAAAUCUUGCCAGGCCUUCUUGCUCUGCUGCAUCUUGUAGGUACUCUUUAUGAGGACAUUAUGCUGUGUAUUUACAUUUUACUUUUAUGAAUGACUUCCAUCCUUAUUUUAAGCUGUUUGUGAUUGUGAACAA